UCCUCGCCUGCAUGUGACAGCGGCCGCCACAGGUUGGUUACCGAGAGAUGCCCUAUCUGCAUAAUAAUGGUGGCGCAUGACCGUGCUUGCUCCCGCUAUAAGGUGAGCGCUUCCACCUGUGACCGUCGACAGCCAGCUUCUGUGCAUGGACAACGGUGGUGAGAUGAUCGGCUCAGACCGAUGGCUUCUAAUGACAAGAAUAAUGAGGAGAUGCCUGAAAAUCUCCAGCCCGGGGACUUGAUUGAGAUAUUUCGACCAGCAUACCAGCACUGGGCCCUCUACCUUGGUGAUGGUUAUGUUAUAAAUGUUGCUCCACUAGAAGAGGCAACUGCUGCUUCAUUUUCAAGUGCUAAGUCCGUCUUUAGCAGGAAGGCACUUGUGAAGAUGCAACUCUUAAAAGAUGUUGUGGGGAAUGACACUUACAAAGUGAACAAUAAAUAUGAUGACAAAUAUACCCCACUUCCUGCAGAAGAAAUAAUCCAACGGGCAGAAAUACUCAUAGGUCAAGAAAUAUCUUACGAUCUUCUUGGAAACAACUGUGAACAUUUUGUGACACUACUUCGGUACGGGGAAGGUGUAUCUGAACAGGCUAACAGAGCAAUCAGUGCCAUUGGAUUUGUAACUGCAGCUGCUGGAGCCUUCUCACUUCUUGGCAUAUUUCAGAAUAAAUCAAGACAAGGACAGUAUUAACAGAAAAUGUGUUGUUUUUGGCACAGGAAAAAAAAAUGAACAAGAGCAUUAUAGUGUCAUACUUUUUUAUUAAUUGAGCACAACACAGUUUCAUAACAUUUCACAAUGUGAAGAUAAGCUUACAAAUAAUUGUGAUGCUGAAUUUAAUGAUGUGAUACUUUGCUUUCUGUGAUACGUCAUUGUUUUGCAAAACUGAAAUUUCGUUUGGAUUAUUUGUUAGUUUUAAAAUUAUCAAAUGUACUUAAAGGGACCUCAGCACCAUUCAAGAAAGCAUUGUUUCUAGAGCGGGUCGGUAAAACUGUUUGCAAUAUGUUGCUGUAACCUGCUAGUAACAGCACACGUUGCUUUCAGUAUUAGACUUGUGACCUCUUAUAUGUCCACUAAACUGCAAAAUGGCCAUUACACAUUCCCUGGUCAUGAUGGGAGCUUCCAUGUUCUUAUUGUUGACUUAAAAAAAAAAAAAAAAUCUUUAUUGUGUAUGCUUGCAUUUUUGUGGACAUGACAUUAUAUAAAAUGUUUAAUUGGUAAGAUGCCUUAUAGGAGCUUACAAACACACUUACAUACCUCCAGCUGUCCCAGCUUAUACAAGACUAUCUUGAGUUUGGACUAAUGUCUCUCCGUCCUGGGUUUGUUUGCUGGUGACCUGAAUAUGGGGACACCAGGGAAACAUCACAAAUUAGCACAACUUAAGAACAUCAUUAGAUGCACAAGUGCUGCAAAGAGCAAAUGUAGAUCAUUAUGCCCAUAUGCAGAGAUCUUAAGUAGCAUUCUGAGAGAGGCAGGCCAUACAAUCAGCUUGCAGUAUCCACAACUACCAUUGUUGGGAGGUGUACACUAACCUCUGCUGCACUGCCAGGUUGUAGGGACCAUCAUCUUCUCAAGGUUCUGUGUGCUCGUUUGCAUUCUAUUUAUGCGGAAAAUAAAUUUGUAAAAAUUUGCUUGCUGAUGUUUUUUGAAUUUUUUUAUAGAAAAUGCAAAGCUUCCCCAAAUGUGCAUUCUCAACUUUAGACUAGAAUAAACAGGUUUACAGAUUGCACUAUUUUGUUAUUUUAACUCUGAUAGAUUUUCAACUAAUGUUUGGAGUGCUUAUAGUGUAGAGCCAUAGUCACAUUUCAUUACAGCACAGUACCUCUUGAAAGAGAAUUCAUAUUUGAAGGUUAUGUGAGGAUAUAUAUAUAUGGAGAGCAAAAAAACGGGCGCAAGAGAAUACUGAGAACAGGCAGCAGCUGAAAUAGCCUGCCCUUCGGUG